CGCUAACUGUGCACAGGGGCCAUACAUCAUUAGUUGCUUAUCUGGCAAAGAUUUCAAACAAACGGGAGUUAGAGUCGCAGGUUUAACUAUUCUCUGGUGGAACUUAAAGAGCUGGACUUUUCUGAGCGAGGUGCUUACCCCAGUCAGGUGAUGCUGGAGAUGGAGGAAUCGCAACCACUCCAUCCAGCCUGGAUAGGUCCCGUCGCCAAGCUUCGCAGGAAGGAUAAGAGUAAAUUUGUGGAGAAGGGAAGUUUCAAUCAAAAAGACGUCAUGCUUUCUGCAACGCCCCUGUAUGGCAAUCUCCCUAGCUGGAUAAGUACAGAUCGGGUCCGUAUGUGUGGAAUUAAUGAAGAUAGCAGGACUCUCCCCGUAAGUGAUGGUGAUUCUCAGAAAAGCAUGAAGCGGUUUGGAUUAAGGGAAGAGAACCACAUGGCACACAGCUUGGGUGUGGUGGAUGCAGCUUCAGUGAGGCAACUUGACAGACUUAGAGCUGCCAGCAUAGAGAGAAGUGGGAUAAUGCAAGAAGAGCUGAGAAGCCAUAAUAGUAUUAUGUAUCCCAGCACACGUGGACUCAGAAAUGAAAAAGAACAAGAGGCUGCAGUUGCAAUGACCAGUUUGGGAUUUAUGACUGAUAGAUUGUCUGAUCUGAAUUAUAAAUCACGUGCACCAGAAACACUAGAAAAUGGCAAUGGCUCUACAAAGUGCCAUGAAGGCUAUGGUACAUUGUACAAAUCACCUCCUGGACUACAAAAGGCUACUGGAGCUAGAGGUGAAUCACUGGGGUUAGAAGGCCCUUCUAAACAAACUCCAGUGAAUGGAACUGGUCCGAGUUACUUGCGACUUCCCUGGGUUAGCCCAUACAUGGAGAGCCCAGCACCAGGGAUGUACCCCUUUGUAGACUCACCAAACAAAUACCCAAUGAGCAUGUAUAAAACUUGCUUGCUAUCUUCACAGAACUCUUUUGGUUUACCACAACAUCUCUCUUAUUCACCAGUUUGUAAUCACAGUGACCGUUUCCUGUACAUACCACCACCACCACACUAUGGCCUUCCUCACAUACCUUCAUCACUUCCUUCUCCACUGAGGAUCACACCAGCUGCGACAUCACCAAUAAUGUCUUCUAUGGUUCACUGUCCAGAUAAAUGCCUUUCAGGGAUGAUGACAGGUAGCCCAAGGCUCCAAGUUGAUCCACACAUUUUGACACAUCAAAUAUCAAGUUGCAAAAAAACAAGGCUCACAGCUACUGAAAAGUCAAGUGUUAGUAUUCCUGCGGAUCCUACUACAUUGUUGCAAUCACCAAGGCCAACUUCCCGGCUUCACCUGCCUUCACCACAGAUUGGAGAGAACUCAGAAUUUCAGAAACACCUAGCAAGAAUAUCUGCUCCUUCUCCCUCGAUGGCACUUCCUCAUGGUUACUUAAGUCUAAAUAAUGAAUUCACCCCACCAACACGAUCAACAAACAGCAAACUUUCAAAACCACCAGAAUCUGUUGAAACCUUCCAACAAGCAGCAACACAGUCACGAAACUCCCAAAAUGAACAAAAGGCUACUAAGUCUUCACCACAACUAGAAAAACAGACAUCUACCAAAGACUGUAGUGAGAAGCCACUAGAUCUAUCCUCUAAAGUAGGUUAUGGGGAGGCAUCAAAUGAUCAAGUACCAAAGACUGAGAGUACUGAAAAGAUGGCAACAGUUAUGGCACCUGCCAAAUGGCGAAAUAGCACUUUAUUGCCUGGCAGGGAAACACAUUCUGAUGGUUAUUUAGCUUCAUCGCAUAAUGAUCUCCCCAUUGAAAGACCUGCCAUUAUCAACAAAUUGCACCCAACUUGGGCCAUUCCUAGUACCAAUUCACCUGGAGACCAUCAAACCAGUAGUGUAUUGGUGAGUAACAAAACACUAGAACGCAUAAUUCCUCAUCAGAGAAGCUCAUCGUGCCCCAGGAUUGGGAGUUCCAAUGGCGCUGUGAAUCACAUUCCUGGUUCUGUUUCUGGAUUGGGUCGACCCGCCUCUGCUUCACCUUCACCUGAGUGGGCACCCUCGGAAAAGACACCUAAGAGUAACUCCACAAAUAAAACAUCUGUCAUCCACCAGACCGGACGGUCUUCUCCAGCACCCAAUAAGCAAGCCAGCAAAGGGACCAAAGGAGCUGGCCCAGAUUUUGUGUCUCACGCAACUGAAAGUGCUCCUUCAUCGGGUUCAAUAUUUUUAUCUCCAAAUGAUGCCUUUCUAUCACCACCUUUACCAUAUCCAAACAGAUAUUUCACCUUUUCUACACCUGAAGGACUGCCAAUUGGCACCCUUCCAUUACCUGCUUUAUUGCCUAAUGGCAGUUUGUACACAGGAAACUUGGCACCCAAGCAUGGACUUUCUUACAGCAGCUUAUCAACAUGCAGAAAUGAAUAUCCACUGUUUCAUAAUGCCCCAAAUCUGAUGAAUCCUAUCAUCUCACCACCUACUACCAUUCAAGAAGAGAAAAAGGGUGAAACAACACAGAGACGGUCCAGAUCACAUGAUAGGCUUAGAAUCAGUGACGAGCCACUUGCCAGACACAGGCCACCAGAAACAUCUCCAAAAUCAAAUGUAGAUCAGUUGUCCGUUUCACCCAGGGUCGAACUACCAUGCCACAGUCCAAAAAAUCAAGGCAAAGCAUUUGCCAAAGAAAACAAAGAUAAACACUUAAUCUUUGAACACAAUGAACAUUGGGGAAAAACUGAAGCAAAAACACUUAGAAAGUGCAUCAUCCCGGUAAGCCACAACAAAACCUAUUUCUCAAAAGAAAAUGGUGAGAAAACAGCAGAGUCUAUGGAAGCCGCUGCUGAAGUAGAUGGUGUUAAAAAAGAUCUCUACAAACCGGCAGAGGUCUGUAGUUCAUCACAGGGUCAGUGUUUACCAAACCAGAAAUUAAACAAAGAGAAUAUUUCAGACUGCCAAAGUAAAGUUGGAUCAACAGUUCAUUCAAUUGCUGAUGCAUCAGAGGACAGUCAUAUGGCUGACGGUGCUGCCACAUCUUUUGGCAAAGCAGAUACUGAUAUGGAGUUUGGUGCUGAAACCCAGCAGUUUUUGGCUCGAUUGAACUACUGUGAUACCAAAGACAGAACUGAUGAUUCGGCGAGUGCUAAAUAUAUGAAGCCGAAGAAAUCUAACCUCACAAAGCGUAUUGCAAAUUCAGCUGGGUAUGUGGGAGAUAGAUUUAAGUGUGUCACAACAGAACUGUAUGCUGACUCUAGCCAGCUUAGUCGAGAACAACGAGCACUACAGAUGGAAGGAUUAUCACAAGAGGACAGUAUUUUAUAUCAGCCUGCUGCUUACUGUGAGCGUGCUAUGAUGCGUUUCUCUGAGAUUGAGAUGAAGCAGCGGGAUGAUAUUACGCUAUCCGAAGACUCAUUUGAAGACAGCAAACUAAAUGAUGCUGAAUGGAAAAACAUCAAUGGGAAGAAGGAAAGGAAUUCAGUGGAGAAUUCAGAAGAUGAUUUUGUUCCUGGAGAACAUUAUGACGACACCCUUAACAAGACGCAUAAAAACGGAUUCCAAGAUUUUAUCCCAUUUUUGCUGAAAGUGCGAACACGGAAUCAGUCUGGUGACUUGGAAUUCAGUACACAAGAUCUGAUAGAAAAGUAUGAAAACGGAGAAUGUUGGACCGAUGACGUUCGUAUUGAGAGCUCUACGUCCCAGAAAGAAUCGGUAUCUAAUGAGGACUUAGAAGUGGCUCCAGAAACUCAUCACCAAGAGGAUGUUAGCUACAGUCCUGAGUUUUGUUUUGACAACCAUAACCAGCACUGCAAGGAGAAGUUUGAGGAUGACCAGGAGAAAAUAAACAUUCCUGAAGUACAAUCAGAGAUGAAGGAAAACAAUGAGACAUGCAUUAAUCGUCCUAAGGAAACAGAAAUUUUCAAGAUGAAAAGAAAAAGACAACAUUCUCUCCCAGAUGAAUGGACUGAAAAGGAGAUGAACGAUGAAUCCACAGACAAUUCAGAAGAUUCACAUUCGAGUGAAGUAACAAACCUAAAGGUGUGCAUUGAGCUGACAGGGCUGCACCCACGCAAACAGAGGCACCUGCACCACCUUAGGGAACUCUGGGAGCAGCAGGUAUCCCCUGACCGAUCAGCCUCUUCCAAGCCAGCUCGUCACAGUAGGAAGGAGGUAGCUGGACUUAAGGAGUCUGAGCUCAAUGCAAAGGAAACCGAGGGCAAAGGCAGGAAAGGAACAGAGGUCAAAGCCAGCAGAAGUGGGUCCGAUGACUCCUUUAAUGGAAGUGACAUUGAAAAAGGUUUUGCUACACCUCCAGUAUCACCACAGAAACGGAUAGUUUCAUCUGGCACACCGGGCAGUAACUGGCAAGUCCAUUCAAAUUCAACCAGCACACCUGUGUCGCGACUAUCAGCCAAACGACAAAAGAUCAAGGAAAGACGCAAGUUGGGUAUUCUGUUUUCCGCAGAAGAAGAGGAUUUUCUAGGCUCACCAAUUUCACCAAAGUACCCGAAUGCCGAACGAGAGAAACCUUCAGGAAAACGACAGUGUAAAACCAAACACUUAACCCGUCAGGAUAAAAGAAGAUCUUCACUGACAGGAGAUGAUACGACUGACGUUGAGAGCUCAGAGGAUAAGCAGUCCUGUGUGAUAAGAAGUUCUAGAAAACGACCAGCAAUAGCCAUAGACUUCGAUUUGACACCAAAGAAAUUAUGUGAGCAGAAGUGCUCUGACCGUUUGCUGCAGAGUCCUUUCUUAUUGCAGUGCCCUCGGCCCUUACCCAUCCAAGCAGACAACUCUCCACAGGAACUCUCCUCAUCUCGCCCCAUGCCACCAGAAGCACGGCGACUUAUUGUCAAUAAAAAUGCUGGGGAAACUUUACUGCAAAGAGCAGCUCGUCUAGGCUAUGAGGAAGUAGUCUUGUACUGUUUGGAAAACAAGGUUUGUGAUGUCAAUCAUCGAGAUAAUGCAGGUUAUUGUGCUCUGCAUGAAGCCUGUGCAAGAGGAUGGCUUAGCAUCGUACGGCAUCUUCUAGAACAUGGAGCUGAUGUGAAUUGCAGUGCUCAAGAUGGAACAAGGCCUAUCCAUGAUGCAGUAGAAAAUGAUCACCUGGAAGUAGUUCGGCUGUUGCUUUCAUACAGUGCAGAUCCAACCCUAGCCACAUACUCUGGCCGAACUAUUCUGAAAAUGACGCAUAGUGAAGUUAUGGAAACAUUUCUCACAGAGUAUUUUGCUGACCUACAGGGUCGAAAUGAAGAUGACCCUGGUCUGUUCUGGGAUUUCUAUGGCAGCUCUGUGUGUGAAUCAGUAGAAGAGACUGGAUUCAAUGUCUUGGAUGAUCCACCUGGCCCAAGUGAUGAAGAGGAGGAAUUGGAUGAUGUGUUGGAAUUUGAAUUUUCUGACGCGCCUCUUUUACCUUGUCACAACAUUCAGGUCUCGCUCUCUCAGGGUCCCCGGAACUGGCUGUUGUUAACUGAUGUGUUACGGAAACUGAAGGUGUCAGCCCGCAUCUUUCACUCCUCGUUUCCUCAUAUUGAAAAUGCCACCAUUUCAGAAAUUGAGUUUUAUAGACAGGCUUCUUUGAGCCAGCUAUUCACUUACCCAGAGGAUUUUGAGACUAAGGACAUUGAUAACAGACAAACACUGGAGCUGGUGGAAUUCACAAGUGAACUUCAGGAGCUGCUUGGAUCAUCAGUCACAUACCUAUACACCGAUGGCGAGGCUGAAACAUACAUCUAACUGCUGAAGGAUCAGGUCACAUUAUCAGCUGCUGUCGCUACUUUAUGACCUAAUUUCAGAACAGAUUAUGUAAAUUAUGUGUUACAUGGAAAUUGCUGUGUUUGAAAGAACACUAUCCUGAUUGCUAACAGCAAUGUUAACUAUGUUCUUGUACAUUUGAAACCAGAAUUCCAUUUUGGAUGGACUUGUGAAAAUUUUUCAAACAAAACUUUUGUUUAUACGUUUUUCUUUUUUUGUAUACAGUCCGUUUCUUAAUCUUUCUGUAAAUGUAUUUUUCUGCUUUUUGGCAGUCGGCCUAAAAAAGGGAUUUUUUUUCUGGCAAAACUGCAUAUGUAAACACAUUCAUUUGAUUAUUUUAUUUUUGGGGGAAAAAAGCACUGAUGUAAAAAUGGUGUCUGCCUUCAGACCCUGUGGUCCUGAUCAUGUGAUCUGAUUGGAAGGCUCAGUUGUGGUGAGGCACUUCACUUUAUUGUUUACAAAGUUACCUGCUGUGGUCAGGUACAAUUAUUGGGUAAAAUCCAGUAGCCUGUAAGAUAAUGAAAAACAUAUCCUUGCACCAGAAGAGCUCUGGCUUGGAUUCAUCUUGGAUUACCACAUUCAGACAUCACACAGUCCUUUAUGCAUAUAUAUGUAAACAUGUUUUACUUUUUUUUGCAUUUUAUUUAAAAAUGAAUUUAAAAUAUUUU